AUGUUUUGCUCUGAAAAGUGGGUGGAAAGCAAGUGGGCAAGAGAUCCAAAGGGCAAAGCGGCGGAGAGGACAGUUAAAAUGACUAACUUUUGGAAUAAUGUUGUUCGUGUUCUCAAGCUCACGGGCCCUCUUGUUCGUGUUUUGAAGCUUGUUGAUAACAAGAGGAAGCCGACCAUGGGGUUUAUUUAUGAGGCUAUGGAUAGAGCCAAAGAGGCUAUUGCAAAAGCCUUUGGUGAUGAUGCAAGCAAAUAUUCGGAGUUAAAUAAAUUAAUAACAUAUUGUAUACUCGUAUUAAUUACUUUGUGUAUCUUGACAGCUGAUUGGUGGGAUUCUUACGGUGCAGCAGCUCCGAUUCUGCAGAAACUUGCUAUAAGGAUCCUUAGUCUCACUUGUAGCUCCUCUGGGUGUGAAAGAAACUGGAGUACUUUUGAACAAAUACACACCAAGAAGAGGAAUAUGUUGGAUCACAAUAGGUUGCAAGAUCUAGUAUUUUGCAAAUAUAAUCAAGCUUUGAAGGAAAGAUUUGACUGCAGGGAUAUUGUUGAUCCAAUCAAGUUGACUGAUAUAGAUGAAAGCAACGAGUGGUUAUUAGGUCAAUUUGGAGAGGGCGACAAUGCGGAAAAUGACUUGGUGGAUGAGGAGGAUGACCUUAGAUGGGGUGUUGUAGGUGAAGCAACGGGAGUUGAAGAAAAUUGGGGACCAAAUUUAAGGUCUACUGCUACUGCUAGGGUUCGAGGAUCUUCAAGUGGUAUUGCUUCGUCAUCUAGGAGGAGGGAGCCGGACUCGGAGGAUGAAGAUGAGUUUAAUGAAGAAGAGGAGGAAACUGAGGAUGAGGAGCCACUUCAGUUGGAUGAUGAUGAUGAUGAUGAUGAUGAGGAUGACUAGAAACUUUGUUAUUUUGCUACUUGCUUAUUUUAUUUCGUAGACUUUUGCUCGUGUUGGAUAUUAUCGUACAUUGUGAUGUGU